CAUUGAAUGCAGGAAUUUAUAGCUGUAGGCUGUUUCGUAAGUGCAACCAUCGUGACUACAUGUAUUCAGUAUGUUUGUAUAUCUUCCAUAGCUGUGUCUUGUUCGACUGGUUCUUCUCUGUCGUAUGAAACAUGGAGACACUUGUCACUACUCGCGGCUUUCUUAAAGUCACAAUAUUUGCUGUUGUUGUCCAUCUACUGGUGAGAGAGUUUCGGCAGCGGCUGGACGCGGAUGUGGCCGUGAUGAUCCCGCCGUGCGCGCGGCCCCAGCCGGUCGGGGUGGAUGUGACGGGAGGCCCGUACACACACGGGGCUGUCGCCGCCGACGCGAUGGAAUGUUCUGCCAUCGGCAGGGACAUCCUGAAGAAGGGCGGUUCGGCUGUGGACAGUUCUGACUGGUGUAACUGUGUUUUACAGGGACAUCCUGAAGAAGGGUGGUUCGGCUGUGGACAGUUCUGACUGGUGUAACUGUGUUUUACAGGGACAUCCUGAAGAAGGGUGGUUCGGCUGUGGACAGUUCUGACUGGUGUUGUGUUUUACAGGGACAUCCUGAAGAAGGGUGGUUCCGCUGUGGACAGUACUGACUGGUGUAACUGUGUUUUACAGGGACAUCCUGAAGAAGGGUGGUUCCGCUGUGGACAGUACUGACUGGUGUUGUGUUUUACAGGGACAUCCUGAAGAAGGGUGGUUCGGCUGUGGACAGUUCUGACUGGUGUUGUGUUUUACAGGGACAUCCUGAAGAAGGGCGGUUCGGCUGUGGACAGUUCUGACUGGUGUAACUGUGUUUUACAGGGACAUCCUGAAGAAGGGCGGUUCGGCUGUGGACAGUUCUGACUGGUGUAACUGUGUUUUACAGGGACAUCCUGAAGAAGGGUGGUUCGGCUGUGGACAGUACUGACUGGUGUAACUGUGUUUUACAGGGACAUCCUGAAGAAGGGCGGUUCGGCUGUGGACAGU